AUGCUGGGUGAUGUUUUAGACAGACUAUUGACCAAUAAUUCGGUCACCCUCCUUGUCACGGUGGCAGUGGCAGUAAUUGCCUUAUAUCUCUCCCCCUCCAAGUCAAACCUACCAUUGGUGAACGAUAAGAAGCCAGGGGAAUUCCGAUGGACAAACGCCCGCAAGCGCUUCUUGGCCGACGCGCAUAAUCUCAUCAGAGCUGGGCUCGCCAAAGCCCCGGUAUUUCGCAUUGUGACGGAGAAUGGGAAGAGGCUUAUUCUCGAUGCGAAGUAUGCGAACGAGCUCCGAAGCCACGAUGCUUUGAGCUUCGGCCUCCACACGGCGAAUGAUUUCCAUGCCCAUAUAACGGGCUUCGAGCCGUUCAAGCAAGGCUCGAACGACGACAAAGUCUUUCAAGAUGCCGUGCGGAUGAAACUGACGCAGAGCCUUGGGAAUCUCACCCAGCCUCUCGUUGAUGAAACAGUAACAGCGCUUCAGACAAAUUGGACGGACGAUACUACUUGGCAUGCGCUCCCGCUUAAAUCCAGCAUUCUGAAAGUCGUCGCCCAGCUGUCUUCAAGGAUCUUUCUGGGCGAUCAGAUAUGUCGCAACCCGAACUGGCUCCGCAUCACGGUGGACUAUACCAUCGAUUCCUUCAAGGCGGCUGAGGCGCUACGCCUGUGGCCCAAGGCUUUCCGCGCCAUCGUUGCCCAGUUUCUUCCAUCGUGUCGCAAGAUACGGGCUGAAUUACAGGAAGCGCAGGAUAUUAUCUGGCCGGUGCUAGACGCCAGGCGUCGAGACAAACAAGCUGCGAUCUCAGGUGGAAAGGAACCGGAACGGUACAACGAUGCGAUGGAAUGGUUGGAAGAAUGUGCAAAGGGUCGCUCUUAUGAACCUGCUUUCGGACAGUUGAUAUUUUCCGUUGCUGCCAUUCAUACUACAUCUGAUAUGCUGACUCAAGUGCUCUAUGACCUCUGUGGUCGCAAUGAGCUGAUCCAAGCUCUACGCGAAGAAGUGAUCACGGUAGUGCAAGAAGAAGGGUGGAAGAAGCCAACUUUAUACAAGCUGAAGCUCAUGGAUAGCGUGCUGAAAGAGAGUCAGCGUCUGAAACCGAUCGGAGUGGUCUCUAUGCGGCGGGUUGCCAUGGCCGACCUGAAGUUGUCCGAUGGUACUUCUAUCCCUAAAGGCUCAUUCCUAGCCGUAUCCAGCGAGCGCAUGUGGGACCCUGAGAUAUACCCUAACCCCCUUGAAUUCGAUGGCUACCGGUUCCUCAAGCUUCGCGAAGUUCCUGGACAUGAGACCUCUGCGCAAACCGUGGCUCCAUCACCGGAGCAUAUGGGGUUCGGGUUUGGGCGUCAUGCUUGUCCAGGUCGGUUCUUCGCCGUCAAUGAGGUCAAAAUUGCGUUGUGCCAUAUCCUGUUGAAAUACGAAUUCAAGUUGGCUGAUGGGUCAGUGCCCCGGGCUAGGCAGAAUGGUGUCUCAUUAAACGCGGAUCCUAUGAUAAAGCUCAUGAUCAGACGACGACAGGAGGAAAUUGCUCUAUGA